UAACGCUCGGCGGUGCGGGGUAGGUGUUAAAGGGUGUUUGUUCCGCGCGUGGGCUGUAUUUUCUUUUCGGGAAAUUUUCCGAGAUUCUUGCUUCUUUUUCUUCCUUUGCUUCUCUAUUCUCGCUCGGGGCUUUUUGGUCGUCGCAGCGGCGGCUACGUGGAGGAGGAGGAGGCGGUCAGCCCACACGGAUGGAGCUGCAAACCUCGGGGAUCGCAGUCUGCUUCAAACACCCGCAAACCUUGGAUUCUCUCGCCAUGAACUCGAGCUGAAGAUGUCCAACUUUUCCGCAGCCGGGGUAACGAUGUACGAGCGAGGAGGAAGAAGGAGUUACCGCGUGUGUCCAUGCGAAGAUGACAUCGCAGCUCAGGACAGCGUCACCCUCACCAAGAUGCACAGGGAAGGUCAGAUGCAGGAUUCCGGCUCUGACUCUGACCCAUUAACCGGUGCUGUGGAAGGACGCCCGCUGACCCCAAUCCACCUGUCGGUGCCGGGCCUGAUGGGGGAACCAGGCCCCCCCAGGCGGUGUCCUCCCGAGGCCCCCCCCAUGGCGAGCAGGCGGCACAGCUGGGAGCUCCCCCAACCCGCCGCGGGGAAGCCGGCCCCCGUGACGGCGGCACGGAGGCCCUCGAGCCUGCCCUGCCAGCCACGUGACGAGGUGUUUCAGGAGAUGGGGUCAACCGAGGAGGCUCCCUCGUGUCCCCACCAGGCCGAGGGUUUCCAUGGUGGCGGCAGCACAGGCACCAGCGAGCCCCUCGGUGAAACCGAAGAUGGGCAGUCCAAACGGUCGUCUCUUCAGCAGCUGCAGGAGCUGAUCCGGAAGCACGAUGCGGGCAUACAGGGUCGCUCCGGCUCAGACACGAGGCCCAAUCACAGCGGCCUCUCCAUCUACGACUUCCUCCGCGAGAUCGACAGGGAAUCCGGUCCAGGUUUGCCAGAGACCAGGCCAGGGAGUGAAGAGUCCGGUCCGGGCAGGGGAGACGCCGCUCCGGGUCUUGAGAAGCCCGCUCGCUCCUUUGGCCUCUUCCGCAACCGGCGUGUGACGGGAGUCAGCAAGGCUCGAGGCGACCCGGCGCCCGACCUUCGGGCCGUUGGGCUUGGCCUCAAGAGUCGGCCCCGACCCCAGACUCCGCCUCCCCGCACACAGAGAAGCAUCCGGCCAAUCGUGCACAACGCAGGGGACGCCCUCGGCCUGGCCGUGAAUGGAGUCCUGUUUGGAGAAACAGCCACUCAGCCUCUCAGCGAUGACGGCCUCCCUGGUGGAGUGUCGGCGUUGCGAGAGCGGCCACUGGGAGGGACGAUGUCCGUGGCGCUGUCGCUGUGCGCGGUGCCGCUGAGACAAAGUCGCCCCGUGGCGAGCGCCCUGCCCUCCCCGAGACGGACUUCUCCGAGCUUCGCCCGGGAACUCCCCGCGUCCGUGGAUGCGCGCAUCUCCCCCUCUCCACUCGCCCGCAGUGCCAGCUUCUGUGACCUGGUCAGCCCGACGUCGGAGCAGGCGAGCGAGGGGUCGGGCCCCACCACCAUGAGGCCGCGAGCCCUCUCCACCGACUCGACGCUGUCGCUGAGCCGGCCACACCACGGGUCGGCCGCCCAGUCCCAGCACGGGAGCAGCGUCCCGUGCAGCCCCACGGGAUCGGCCGCAGCGCCCCCCGACGGCUCGUGGCCGAGCGCCGGCGGCGAGGUCACGUGGGAGCACGAGGAGCCGGAGCACGAGGAGGAGGAGGAGGAGGUGGAGGAGGACGAUGACUGGGACGUCGAGGUCGAGCGUGUGCUCCACGAGGGCGCUAGCGUGCUGGCCGCGGGCUCGUGGGGCGCCACCGUGGAGCCAGAUUUCGCGAGGCGCCAGCCGCGCGCCGUCUCCCAGCGCCAGGAGGUGAUCUACGAGCUCAUGCAGACGGAGGCGCACGUGCUGCGCACGCUGCGAGUGGUGCUGCGGGUGUACGCGCGCGGCCUGCGCCGGCACGCCGGGCUGGCGCCGGAGGCGGUGCGCCGCCUCGUGCCGUGCGCCCCGGCGCUGGCGCGCGUGCACGCCGCCUUCCUGCGCGCCAUGCUCGCGCGCCGUCGGCAGGCGCUGGGAUCCGGUGGCUCGGGAGACUUCCUCGUCACGCGCCUCGGAGACGUGCUGCUGCAGCAGUUCUCUGGGGCGUGCGGCGAGCGGCUCGUGUCGACCUACGCCGAGUUCUGCUCGCGCCACCGCGAGGCGCUUGCCCUGCACAAGGAGCUGCUGGCACGCGACCGCAAGUUCCAGGCGUUCAUACAGAAGCAGAGUCGGAGCCCAGAGGUUUACCGCAUGGGGAUUCCCGAAUGCAUCCUUCUGGUGACGCAGAGAAUCACCAAGUACCCCGUGCUCAUAGAGAGGAUCCUGCAGCACACAGAGGCGCACACGAAGGAGCACGAGGACGUGACGCGGGCGCUGCGGCGCGUGCGCGAGGCCGUCUCGGCGGUGGACGCUCGCGUGUGCGAGCGCUCCCUCGACGCCCGCCUGGCUCACAUCAUCGCACGCCUCUGCGACGGGGCCCGCGUCUCCGUGUCCGCCGCCGCUUCGCCUCUGCAGCAUUCCCCCUCGCAGCAGCAGCAGCAGCAGCAGCAGGCGUCGCCCGCCGUCUCCGGAGGGUCGUCGCGACCGCCGGCGGGCGACGAUACGACGGCGAGCGGCGCCGGGGAGCUGGGGCCCAGGAGCUGGGGGCGGCUCCUGCACGAGGGCGUCGUGGCGCUCAAGAGCGGCGGCGGGCGCAUGAAGGACACGCUGCUGCUGCUUCUCUCGGACUCGCUGGUCUUCCUGCAGGAGAGAGACAACAAAUACACGUUCGCCUCGCUGGACCGCAAGCCGGCGGAGGUCCCCCUGCGGGGUUUGUUCGUGCGCGAGAUCGCCAACGACGAGCGCGGCCUCUUCCUCCUCUACGACUCGGAGCAGGGCCCUCACAUGUACGAGGUGCGCCUGGCAUCGCGCGACGCACGCGACUCCUGGAGGGAGCGCAUCCGCCAAGCUGCCGCCGAGCGGUGCCAGGAGCCGAGGAUGCACAGAGCGAGCGUGAAGGAGACAUCAGCUCCUUCCAGGCAGGCGGCUCCAGAAAGAGCUGAGCAAGUGGGUGGCCAGGAUGACUGGGCCGAAGCCUGCGCGGAGCCCCAGGUCCCGACUCGCAUCAGGGCCAUGAUCGACGAAGCCAUUCGGCACGCCGAAUCUCUGGAGGGCCUCGUGUCGGCCUACCAGGCGAUGGGCCUGUGCUCCGGGGGGGCGGUAGCGCGGCAGGGCAGCACGGUCAGCUGCUGCGCCGCGCCGGGACGAAGCUGCAAGGGGGCGGCGGCCGCCGCCGGCGUCGUCGGCCACAACCUCGAAGGCGCGGGGCGUGACGGCUCGGAGACGCACACGGCGCCGCACCGUGCCAACUCGCUGGCGGCGCUGGAGAGCGGUGGCCUGCUCACCACCGCCGGCUUGGAGGCCAAAGGGAUUCUGACGCGUUCAGAUUCCUCGCUGCUGUCGCACUUCAACAAGGAGUGGAGGCAUCUGCCAGACAUGCAGAAGUGCGCUUCGUGUCCGGCCAGCACGGGGCGUCCAAUCACAAUCACGUCGUUCGGGAAAACCCAAGGAGAGGUGGUUGGGAAGGCACAGAAUCUGACACGUCUGCUCUGCAGCAUCAAGUCGGCACUCUUCCCCCCGAACUCGUCGCCGUCGGAGGGACCCGAUUCCACAUCCUCGAGCCGCUCCUCCGUCACAGAGUCCAGCUCUACCGUGGGGACCAAUCGCUCGGAGUCGAGCUCCGCACUGGGGACGAGCGUUGUCAGCGAUUCCUCCUCCUCCGCGGCAGGAACCGCCAUGACGCCCGACGCAGAGCAACCGCUGAUCCACACCUCGGCGCUCGCUGAGGCCGAGUGGGGGCGCAUGCGGGCAGCCGGCGGGCAUCCCUCGACGACCUCCGACCCAGCCGAGGGCCCAGGCACCACGUGGUGGAAAUCCAGAGGCCUGGGCAGGCGGGGCAGCCUCGGCACGACGUCCUCCUCAUCCCUCUCCUCCUCGUCAUCCUCCACCUCCUCGCUGUCCUCCCGCUCGUCGUCCGCGGUCGCCGGGAUGGGAUUAGGUGCGGGGCCGGCACCGGUUAGGGCAGCGGCGACGUCGGGGCAGCAGCAGCAGGAGGAGGCAAGCGACGAGAAGUCCCAACAGCGCCGCCUGGUCGGGGCCGGUAUCCUCAACCGCUGGCGGGGCCAAUCCUUGCCCGGCCGAGACGCCGACUGCCACCCCGCAGGCAGGGCCGGGGGCAAGGCCGCGGGAGCAGGGCCGGGGACGGAGGGCGGCGAUACACUCUCCCGCCGGCACCCCCACCCGAGCACCGCUCUGCUCCGCUCGUUCAUGCGGGAGGAGGAGGAGAGGCGGGGCAGGGCGAGGCCCACGGAGGAGAAGGAAGCGCGAUCGCGGGGACAUUUUGCGGCGUGAGUUGGUGGCGAGCCCCCCCUCCUCCCCCAUGCCCCCCCCCCACCUUGAUCUCGCUCGCUUUGUCGACUUGUCGAUUUGCCAUCUUCUCUCAUUCCUUGCAAUUCGUUCGUUAAGGGUGGGGAGUGGGGGGAGUCGAGCGAGUAGGACGCGGGCGCGGGCGCCAAAUACGGCACGGACGGUGGCUUCGUGCCUUUCGUGGACUAGAGGGGGGGCACUUUUUUUUUCGAAGUCUGUAAGGUCUCGCUCGCGUACGUGGCGGGGGCGAUGCCGGACGGUUGUUGUGGUCGUUCUGCUGGGUUUUCUUUAAUCGAUCGUGCAAGUUCUCCCGCGAUACGAAUCUCCACCACCCCCUCCCUCCUCCCGGGAUGACGCCGUGCGUAGAUGGUCCGAAUCCGAUGCUCCGCGCGAUCCACCGUCUUGUCGCGCACGUUUACGCGUUGUAAAGUUUGCUUCGUUGAGUUUUGUUAUUUCUGUUUUGCCAGUUGCAGCAUCUGCACGCGUUACAAGUGUGGGACUGGCGGUUCCUUGAAUUGUGGUUGUUGUUGUUGCUCGAAGUUGGGGGUCCCAAGUGACUUGUGAUGUUUCACCAGACCAGCACAAAAGCGCGUUUGAUAUGUUUAUAAUAAUUCAUUUGAUUUAUACUUUUAUAAUGUGUGUCUAUAUGCAUGUUCUACAUAUACAUACACUUAUACAGCAUAUGCAGCAUGAGCAUUAAAAUGUAAUAUAUAUGUGUACCAUUUGUUGUGUUGAAUGCGCCAUGCUUCAAACACUAUAGCUCUUAUAAUGCUGCAUGUUAAGUGAAAAAUAAAAUAUAUCUGUGUAUAGCACACGAUCGUG